AUGAAGAGCUUAAUGCGUAUGCUGACGAUUCUCGCUGUACUUGCCACAACAAAAUCCCAAUCAACUGCGGAUUCAGGUACAACAGUGAUUGAUAGUAUUACAACUACCAAUACAACGACAGUUGCUGAUACUAUUACUUCGGACACUACAACAGUCACAGAUACUACCUUCUCUGAUGAUAUAACAGUUGAUGAUACUAGUACCACUGAUGAUAUAACAGUUGAUGAUACUUCUACCACUGAUGAUAUAACAGUUGAUGAUGCGACUACUGCUGGUCUUACAACAGUUGCUGAUACGACUACUGCUGGUAUAACAACACUUGCUGAUGCGACUACUGCUGGUCUUACAACAGUUGCUGAUGCGACUACUGCUGGUAUAACAACAGUUGCUGAUGCGACUACUGCUGGUCUUACAACAGUUGCUGAUGCGACUACUGCUGGUAUAACAACAGUUGCUGAUGCGACUACUGCUGGUCUUACAACAGUUGCUGAUACGACUACUGCUGGUCUUACAACAGUUACAGAUACGACAAGUGCUGAUCCUACAACAGUUGCUGAUACGACCACCGCUGGUCUUACGACAGUUGCUGAUACGACCACCGCUGGUCUUACAACAGUUGCUGAUACGACUACUGCUGGUCUUACAACAGUUGCUGAUACGACUACUGCUGGUCUUACAACAGUUGCUGAUACAUCUAGCGCUGGUCUUACAACAGUUGCUGAUACCACCACCGCUGGUAUAACUACAGUUGCUGAUACGACCACCGCUGGUCUUACAACAGUUGCUGAUACGACAAGCGCUAGUAUAACUACAGUUGCUGAUACGACUACUGCUGGUAUUACAACAGUUGCUGAUACAACUAGCGCUGGUAUAACAACAGUUGCUGAUGCGACUAGCGCUGGUCUUACAACAGUUGCUGAUACGACUAGCGCUGAUAUUACAACAGUUGCUGAUACGACUAGCGCUGAUAUUACAACAGUUGCUGAUACCACCACUGCUGGUAUAACUACAGUUGCUGAUACGACUAGCGCUGAUAUUACAACAGUUGCUGAUACGACUACUGCUGGUACAUGUAUAACAACAGUUGCUGAUACGAUAAGCGCUGGUAUAACUACAGUUGCUGAUGCGACUAGCGCUGGUCUUACGACAGUUGCUGAUACAUCUAGCGCUGAUAUUACAACAGUUGCUGAUACCACCACUGCUGGUAUAACUAUAGUUGCUGAUACGACUAGCGCUGAUCUUACAACAGCUGGCGAUAGUACUACUUUUGGUACUACAACAUCUGCUGAUACUAGUACUACAACAGUUACGACCACAACGACCACGAAAAUAGGCACUGCCACAACAGGUACCAGUACGGCAACGGGAUCAACUGACGGCGUGUCAAAUCCUUUUCUGCAGUUUGAUAUUACUACUAAGUUUCCCUAUUGUUCAAGUGAUGCCAACUGCGGACCUGGAGCAAAAUGUAUGAAAGCGCACAAUAGUUGCCCAGACAACACAAAGAUUUGUCUAUGUGAAUACGGAAGAACACUCUUCAAUGGUGUAUGUGUACCAAUCAUCAUAAAUGGCGCCCCCUGUCGACAAAUUACUGAAGCUACAACAGGAAUAACAACCUCAGACUGUGACACAAGGCGAGGCCUCCAAUGUGGCCCCAGUGGCGUUUGUCAGUGCGUUUCUCCAUAUAGUUCUAAGAGGGACAAGGAAGGCGUCACAAGAUGUUUAAAGGCCAAGAUAUCAGAGGCAUGUACAAGUAACGAUGACUGUGGAGAUUAUUUAACCUGCAGCAGUAACAACACGUGCGUUUGUGAAGAAACUUAUUUCGAAGACGAGACUGUAGAGUACGGGUGUGCACCGGGUCGCACUGGUGACAAAUGCGGAGCAUCUAAUGGAAACAAAGCAUGUGAUACAGCAAAUGGUUACAUAUGUGAUGGCUCUUCAUCAGACUCGAAAUGUGUCUGCGGUACAGGAAAAUAUGACUACACACUGACAGUUGCCAAACAUAGGUACGAUUCGAUGAACUUCACCGUAAGAGCUUGUUCGACUGCAACGGGAGCCAGUGGCUGUCAAGUUGACUUCUCCACCGGUACAUCCACAAGAGGCUGCGAAGAAACAGACGCUGUGUGUGUAUUGUGCCCGCCAACGCCAAUGUCGCGGAUUGCCGUUGGAACCUGUGAAAGGAAAGGAAACACGACAAGCGUAGAUGGAGCCGGCUCCAUCGGGGUCAACGUAGCGACUGUUACCAUAGCAACUAUAUUGGCUACCAUGGUGACCUAAAUAAGCUAGGGAAUCCACAGCUGAUAAUGAAACCAGUCGACAUGAUCGAUGUGAUAACAUCAGAAACUCCGAUACACAUUGAUGUGAAACGAAACUUUUUAAGGAAUAUUUCAAAAUGCAACUUGAUAGCACGAUCUCAUUCUUAAUUAGCUGAAUCAAGUAGAAACAACUCUGAUACGAAGUACUGUGAUAAAAUUAACAAUAGCUCAGUCAUGUAAGCCAACAAAAACUGUAUCCAUUUCCAUCCAUUAUAUCCAUUAUAGAAAAUUAAAGUGGAUAAUUUAUAAUAUAUACAUAUAUUUUAAAUAUGUCUCUCAUUUCAUCAUGU